CAUUGAGAAUUCCAAAGCAAAUCACAAAACUAAACAAAAAGAUGGCUGCUUUUUCAUCACACCAAUUACAACACAAUAACCCUUUUCUUCUUGAUUCAGUAUUUUUGCCAACUUCUCCUACUAAGAUGUCUGGCUUUUUUGAGGAACCAAACAAUUCUUGUAUAGUACAAAAUUGUUUUCCUCAAUUUUACCAACAAGAAUUCCCUUCCAAUUUAAUUCUUCAUGAAAAUAGCUUUUGCCUUGAUCAAACCAUGAACGACCCUAAAAGUACCAGCAGUAUAAGCUUAGAUAUGGAUUCUUCCUCUGUUACUGAUAAAAUUGAAAAUGGAAAUAAUAAUAAGGCUAAUGUUAGUCCUUUGGAUAAGAAAAGAAAAUCUAGUGAAGGGUCUUCUUCUAUGACUUCUGCUCAUUCUAAGAAUGAGAAACAGGGUGAUGAUGGGAAAAAGAAGAAAAUUAAUAGCAAAUUAGUAGCCAAAGAUGAGAAGAAAGCUAAUGAAGAAGCACCAACAGGGUACAUUCAUGUUAGAGCAAGAAGGGGUCAGGCAACUGAUAGCCAUAGUCUUGCUGAAAGGGUGAGGAGAGAGAAAAUAAGUGAAAGGAUGAAGAUAUUGCAAUCUCUUGUUCCUGGUUGUGACAAGGUAACUGGAAAGGCCCUUAUGUUGGAUGAGAUAAUUAAUUAUGUCCAAUCUUUGCAAAACCAAGUUGAGUUUCUCUCAAUGAAACUUACUUCUUUGAAUCCAAUGUACUAUGACUUUGGAAUGGACUUAGAUGCACUCAUGGUCAGACCUGAUGACCAGAGUUUGAGUGGCUUGGAGACACAAAUGGCAAAUAUUCAGCAAGGUAGCACAACUACUACAUCACAGGCAGCUGAAGUAAUUGCUAACACUAAUAGUGUCUAUCCAUUUUUGGAUAAUUCAACAUCACUCAUGUUUCAACAAGCCCAUUUCCCUAAUUCUAUUCCUCAGGGUAAUGGACAGCUCUUAUGGGGUGCAGAUGACCAAAGACAAAAAAUAAUAAAUCAGUCAGGAUUCAGCAACAACUUUUGUUCUUUCCAUUAAUAUAACACCAGGCCCCUACUGUCCUGCCCUACACAA